CCCAUUGACCGUCCACGCCAUCUUUUGAUCGCUCCAUAACUCAUCCUGCCCUCCACUCCGUAGCGUCAUCUAGACCUCAAGGCUCCAUCUUUCAACUUCAACCUUUCUUUCCAACCUCAUCGCCAUCACCUGUUUCGCUUCACACCUCCCUCUUCCACCCUUGUCCGCAGCUUUCGCCCUCACCGGCCCUUCCUACUCUUCCAGGUUCAGCUGUCACCUCUCUGUAUACUUAUAUCUGUCGCCACCGAGCACAAGAAAAUGCCCUGUCCUAUAAGCAUCACCAAGUUUGUCGGCACCAUAUCCUUGGGUCUCUUGACCGGCACUUCAUACACACUCACUACCAUCACUCUCCCCUCCCUCGCUCUCCUCCCCUCUGCUUCGAUCGCCUCCCGGACCCUCUCCACUAUCCAAACAACAUCAACCCGACAAAUACUCACCCUUGCAUCCAUCUCGUCACUAUCCCUCAUCACCGCCUACACUCUUGCUUCUCCACGAGGGAAGCACCCAUACCUUUUGUGGACCGCCUUGGUCAGCUUCAUUGGAGGCCAAGGUGUUGAAUACUAUUACAAUGGCCUUUCUCGAUUUCCAACAGUGAGCCGUCGAGCAGGUCGCUGGGGAUCUUCCACCGCCGCUCGAAGAGGCGCUAGUCCCGCCACCAGCUCUGACAGUGGCUAUAUUGAAGUCGAUCCACUCAGUCAGAGCGAGGAACAGAUCAAUGGUGAACAGGUCGAGUCAGAAAUGUCCCGAGAGCGAAAGGUCCAGAAAGUCCGGAGUUGGAUCGCAGGAAUUGGAUUUGCAAUGGGCGUGGUUGGUAUUUGGGGUGAUGGCGCCUGAUCUUUCGACUUGCAUCGUCGAUCUACCAAAUCCCACAAAUAUACUGUUGUCUCGCAGACCCAAAGUCAUCAAAUUCCAUGCCUUCAUCCAACCAUUGGAUGCGCAGAACAGAACUUGACCAAACUCCGCUUCUAUCUGAGAUCACUACCAUUACUUCACCUAAUCCCCGUCUCUUCUCAGCUCGAUCCCUCGAUCAGACAUGCAGAAACAAAAGAAUCGACUUAUGUGAAGUCUUCUGCAUGGCUUUCGGACUCUGCUCUUACUGUCAACACCUGUCGUAAUUCAUACUACCUGCUACUAUACUAUAUGGUUGACCAUGUAGCCAAACAAAGUGGAAUACAUUAUGAAUUGGAUCUGUUGAGACUUCACUGCCUACUCACGAGCUCACGAGCACUUGAUCUGAUCUACCC